AGGGCGCAUGCGCACAAGACAGCUGGCAGCGCCCAACCCUGUGGCGGCUCCAGCUUCAUUUCAGUCCUGUAUCUCCGCACCAAUCCAGCUCUUGCACUCGUGCUCCGAUCAGUUCCAAGCCCGAGGCUGGUGUUCUGGGUAGCUUGAGGGCACGGAGUUGGGCAGAUUCCGAGAACCCGCCGCCUCUCUCCCUCCUCUCCCUUCUCGCCGCCGGGCCCCACCAUGUCUGGCUGAGCCACUCGGCGCCUGAAGCGGGGCCUCCAGGAGACUACGUGUGAUCUUCUGCUCGGCUCGCGCCUACGCCUUCUGCUCCAUUUGCUUUCCCAGCCGAGCGGAAAAGCCGGGGGAACAUGUUGCCCGGGCCCUGGGAAGCAGGGCGGUUGGGCACUGACCCCUAAAGUCUGUGGGUACGUCUUCUCGCUCGCAGGCAGUCCAGUCACCCACCCUGCAACCCCUAGUCAGCCAGACGGGAGCCCGCACUGAUGUCACAGGGUAAAAGGAACCAAAGGCAACUGAGUGACCCUAGCACAACCCCUGCCCUUGUGGGGCUUUCAGUGUGACACUAUGGGUCCUGAACUGGGAAGUUCCCCCUUUCUUACAAUUUUGCAACUAUCAGUAAAAAUUUACACCCCAGUGGGUACUAAGAUUGAGAGUUACAGGGCUUGAGGUCAGCUCUAGAAGACUUGGAAGUGGGGUUUUUAGGAUACGUGUAGAAACUAACCCAGCACUAGUGCAGUGCCUGGCAACCAGUAUACCCUCAAUAAACCUUCCUUGAAUGAAUAAGGAAGUGACAGAGAGCAGGGCUAGAGAGGCAGCUCUACUCAUCCCACCCUUGCCUCCCCUGGGUUCAUGCAGACAAAAGUAAUUAGGUUGAGCCUUUAAUCACAGCUGAUUUCACAGGCGGGCCAACAAGGAAGAGGAGGGAAAGGCAGAAAUCCUGGGGACACAAGAUGCUGGCCUGGCUCACAGACACUGCCUCCCUCUGGGACCCUCUCCAGCCCCCACAGCUCUGCCAUCAAUAAUCUGUUUUCUUGUCGCCCUCAGGACACUGGGUUCCCUAGGAGCCGCCCCAGGCUUAAUGAUUGUCCAGAAGGUGGCUAUAAAGGGAGCUUGAGAGGCUGGGUGGAGGAGGGAGCAGAAAAAGCCUACCUCAGCAGAUCUAGGCACAGAGAGCCACAAGCAGGAGCUGUGGUCAGAGGCUCCGUGUCCUGGCCAGUAGGGCCUGCUGGCUUCCACCAUGGUGGCCCGAGGCUAUGGCUAUUAUCGCAUUGUGAUCUUCUCGGCCAUGUUCGGAGGCUACAGCUUGUAUUACUUCAACCGCAAGACCUUCUCUUUUGUCAUGCCGUCUUUGGUGGAGGAGAUCCCCCUGGACAAGGAUGACUUGGGGCUCAUCACUAGCAGCCAGUCUGCAGCUUAUGCCAUCAGCAAGUUUGUGAGCGGAGUACUUUCUGACCAGAUGAGUGCUCGCUGGCUCUUCUCUUCUGGGUUGCUCCUGGUUGGCCUGGUCAAUGUAGUCUUUUCCUGGAGCUCCACAGUGCCUGUCUUCGCUGCUCUCUGGUUCCUCAAUGGCCUGGCACAGGGGCUGGGCUGGCCCCCUUGUGGGAAGGUCCUGCGGAAGUGGUUUGAGCCAUCUCAGUUUGGCACUUGGUGGGCCAUCCUGUCAACCAGCAUGAACCUGGCUGGAGGACUGGGCCCUAUUCUGGCAACCAUCCUCGCCCAGAGCUAUAGCUGGCGCAGCACGCUGGCCCUGUCUGGGGCACUGUGCGUGGUUGUUUCCUUCCUCUGUCUCCUGCUCAUCUACAAUGAACCUGUUGAUGUUGGACUCCGAAACCUGGACUCUCCCCCCUCCAAUGGCAAGAAGGGCUCCUUGAAGGAGGAGAGUACCUUACAGGAGCUACUUCUGUCUCCCUACCUGUGGAUACUCUCCACUGGCUACCUUGUGGUGUUUGGAGUAAAGACCUGCUGUACUGACUGGGGCCAGUUCUUCCUUAUCCAGGAGAAAGGACAGUCAGCCCUCGUGGGUAGCUCCUACAUGAGUGCCCUGGAGGUUGGGGGCCUUGUAGGCAGCAUUGCAGCUGGUUACCUGUCAGACCGGGCCAUGGCAAAGGCAGGGCUCUCCAUCCAUGGGAACCCUCGCCAUGGCCUGUUGCUGUUCAUGAUGGCUGGCAUGACAGUGUCCAUGUAUCUCUUACGGGUAACCGUGACCAGUGACUCCCCCAAGCUCUGGAUCCUGGUGUUGGGAGCUGUGUUUGGUUUCUCCUCUUAUGGUCCCAUUGCCUUGUUCGGAGUUAUAGCCAAUGAGAGUGCCCCUCCCAACUUGUGUGGCACCUCCCAUGCCAUUGUUGGACUCAUGGCCAAUGUGGGCGGCUUUCUGGCUGGGUUGCCCUUCAGCACCAUUGCCAAGCACUACAACUGGAACACAGCCUUCUGGGUGGCUGAAGUGAUCUGCACAGCCAGUACAGCUGCCUUCUUCCUCCUACGAAACAUCCGCACCAAGAUGGGCCGAGUGCCCAAGAAGGCUGAGUGAAGACAGUGCAGGCUCCAGAGCAUCCUUUCACCUGUGGCCUUUUACCUGCACAGGGUGGGGAGAAGAGGGAGGGGGCUGCUUUGGUUAGCAUUGAACCUUUGACUUCCCUUUUCUCUAGCCUAGGUGGCACUGGAAGUUAUCAGUGCUAAUGAGGUCCCAGCUCUCCAUCCUAUGCUCAUAUUUAAAAGACUAUCUUUGUUUUUAAGACUCCAUUAGCUCCUGUUUCCUGCCUUUUAAACAGGACACCCCAGCAGUCAGGGAGUCUCCUAUACCUUUCUUCUUUCCUGGGCUCUGCCCCUCCCCCAUGCCACCCCAUCCUCACCUGAAGUGAGGCUCCUCCUACAGCUGCAGGGCACCAAAGGCCACUGCCUUCUGUCCUAGGGCUUCUAAGCAGGGGGCAACUGCUAUUGCCAAUAUCUCAGGCUCCAGGGGAAGAGCUGAGGCCAUCACUCUCACCAUUACCCAGGGUACAAUAGUGGGGUAUGGCUGGGAGUGUAGUAAGACUUGUUAUAGAUUAAAACUAGAUUUGAUACUCAA